AUGUACGAAGUCAGAGUGUCAACGGUGUUGCAGUGUCUUGAAGAGGCUGCGCACUACUACAACCAUUCCGAGAUUGCUGAAAAGCUGGGAGUUAAUCCCAGCACCGUCGGACGUUGGCUAAAACAUGAGACAGAGCCGAAACAUGGCAUUCUGUAUGGUCUGCAACAGAUGUUGAUGCCGUUUGGCAAACCCGCUGACAGUGCUGAUUUCACCUUCAUCGACUUGUUUGCUGGGAUUGGUGGUAUCCGCAAAGCAUUUGAAUUACAAGGUGGGCGCUGUGUGUUUACCAGCGAGUGGGACUCCUACGCCCAACGUACCUACCACGCCAACUUUGCCGAUGGGCAACCCAUUGCCGGGGAUAUUACCGCGAUACCUGAAGCGAGCAUUCCGGCACAUGACGUAUUAUUAGCCGGUUUUCCCUGCCAGCCGUUUUCGAUUGCGGGCGUCUCGAAGAAAAAUGCGCUUGGGCGGGCGCACGGUUUUGAGGAUGAAACUCAAGGCACGCUGUUUUUCGACGUGGCACGCAUUAUUAAAGCCAAACGUCCCGGUGCAUUCCUGCUGGAAAACGUCAAGAACCUGCAACGCCAUGACGGCGGGCGCACGUUCGAGACCAUCCUGCGUGUCCUGCAGGACGAGCUCGGCUAUCACAUACAGUUCCGGGUAGUCAGCGCCCGUCCCUGGGUUCCCCAGGGCCGCGAGCGCAUUUUCAUCGCCGGGUUUGCCGACCCGACAGAUUUCUCGUUCAGCGACAUGGCCAUCCCGCGCGGGCCUGAUCCGACCAUGAGCAGCGUGCUGCUGCCUUCCGUCCCCGAGAAAUACACCCUCACCCCCAAGCUCUGGGAUUACCUCCAGGCCUACAAGGAAAAACACAACGCCAAGGGCAACGGGUUCGGGUUCGGGCUGGUGGGCCCUGGCGAUGUCGCGCGAACC